AUGCCAAAAAGGAUUCGGCGACUUCUGGAAAAAAGAUCCCAUCUCUUUUUCAAAAAGUUGACUACAGUGAAUACAGAAGAUGAGCUGGCAUUUCGUAAAAUGCGUAACCGCUGUAAAUCGGAAAUCCGCCAAUGGAACAUUCGAAAACAAGCCACCAUUCUGGACCUCGCUCGAAUAAACAAAAACGUACUGUUCAAGUACAUGAGACAUCGCCGGAGAAACAAGCCAUCCGCGUUCUCCUCGAGGGACAGAAACGGAGAACCGUCAAGCGACCCAACAGUGAAAUCGGCCCAAAAGGCAUUCGCCAUUUUACGGAUGAUUCGGCGGACCUUCUCCCGUAUUACUCGCAUGGACUUCCAAAUACUCUAUGGGGCCUACGUCAAACCGCUCCUGGACUACGCCAACCAAGUUGUCUACUCAGGACGCACGAAAGACGUCACCCUCAUUGAGCGUGUUCAGCGGGCCGCUACGAGAAUGGUUGCCGGCCUCAAGUCCGUGGACUACGAAACGCGUCUCGCGAUGCUUGAUCUCUUUCCCCUGGAGUACCGUCUCCUCAGAGGGGACCUAAUUCUUACUUACGCCCUGUUUGAACAGAGCUUGGCAAACAGGUUUUUUACCGUUGACCCAGCAAACUAA